AUGUGUAUGGAAGAAACGUACGGGUACAAACUGAACGUGAAGCAGCUAUGUGAAACACGAUGGAACAGCAUGCAUGGCUGCUUUGCAUCGCUUCUACGAAUUCGCAGUGCUCUGGAGUUAUUGGAGGUGAAGUUUAGAGUUUCCGCUGAUUUUCCCGCUACGUUACGGGGUUUUGCUGAUGAAAAUUUUUGGAACUCUCUUGAAGAAGUCGUGUGCCCUCUCUCCUACGCGUCCCUGAAACUACAGCGUGAUGAAAAUACCAUGGCCGAUGUUGUCGUGUGCUAUCUCGAUAUCUUUGCUGGAUUUCACAAGCAUCCACAAGCUGCUAAAAGGCUCCUCGGCAAGACACCGCUGACUUCAGCUGGCUCUUUGUGCGGCGUGGGGUCUACUACUUCAAGCGGUUUGGAAUUGGUUCGGACACGUCGAGGUUGUGUGAAGAUCUACACAACUGGAUCAUCGAUGACGACGUCACAUCGCUUUCAUUCACCGACUUCAGUUAAAUUCACGUCUAUUGGAACUAGGAACAGGAUGUCGCCUGAGAAGGCAAGGAAACUGGCUUUGGUUCGUAAGCAAGUGCGAGAAUUUGAUGCUGAAGUCGGUCCCUCCAAGGGCGCCAACACUACGCGAUUGAUUGAUCCUACAGAGCGCACCCGGCUAAGAGACAGAGACGAUGUUUUUGAGUGCAAUGAAACCGAAGACGGCAUCGAAGAAGAAUGCGUUGUCGGGCCAGACACUGCAUUUGAGUACUGGCAGUCCGUACUCUGCGAGUUGGAGGGCGACGACGAUGCACCAGUUUCUCUUGGUAACGCGCCAGAUAACACGAGCUCUCCCCAAUCUGCCGCUGCUGCCGCCGCUGCUGAAGAGAGACGCUUUGGCGCAGUUCUGGAAAAAAAUUAA